AGUUACUGGCAAUCCAUACUUCUAUAGUCAAAGCUGCAUAUUUGUAUCGCGCUCGACUGUGUGCUGGACGUAAAAUUCGUGGCUAAAUCUGUCGCAACUGGCUGUCGAUUCGAAUUUAUUCUUGACAGUGUUCUGUUUUCGUCCAUGCUGUUUAUAGAUUUCAUAUAUCAGGAAAAAUUAGUCACGAUAUAAUUAUGAAGAGAGUUAUCAUUUUUGUGAAUGGAACUGAUGUUAAUGGCAAGGUGUUUGUAGUGACUCAUUCAUUGGAUGAAUUGUUGACAGCAGCUAGUACAAAAUUCGAAAUAACCGCGAAGAAAAUCUUUACAUCACAAGGUGGAGAAAUUGAUGAUAUCAAGUUGAUAAGGGAUGAUGAUAUUUUGUAUGUUUCAAGUGGAGAGGAUUUUAUACAUAAGGAUAAAAUAUGUAAUCACAAUCAGCUAAAUAGGAAUUCAGAAUGGAUCACACUGAAUGUCGGUGGAAAAUAUUUUACCACAACUAGAGAUACUUUGACAAAGAAGGAACCUAUGAGUAUGUUAGCUAGAAUGUUUACAGAGCCUGAAGAUGCAGAGCAUGCAAUGCAGCCAAGCAGGCGAGAUUAUCAGGGAGCAUAUUUAAUAGACAGAAGUCCUACAUAUUUUGAGCCAUUAUUAAAUUACUUGAGGCAUGGUCAGGUGAUACUUGACUCUAAUGUUAAUGUAGCUGGUGUAUUGGCGGAGGCACGUUUUUACGGUAUCGAAGGCGCCAUUCGAAUUCUCACCACAAUGGUGGAAAAGGAGGAACUGCAAAAGGAUGGUCUUAUAUCCCUAACUCGCAGGGAUGUACUUAAAGCGAUUAUGUCGACACCGACUAGUGCGGAACUCAGGUUCCAAGGAGUCGAUUUUGUAGGAGCAGAUCUUUCAAAACUAGAUCUCAGGCAUAUUAAUUUCAAGUACGCUAUCAUGCAUCAUUGCAGUCUGGUGGGCGCUAAUCUAUCAGGAUGUUGUUUUGAGCGCGCUGACUUAUCUCACGCCAAUCUGCAAGGCGCGCAGCUCGUAUGCGUCAAAAUGUUGUGCGCGAAUUUAGCCGCGGCCAAUUUACACUCGUGCAAUUUCGAGGACCCCGGCGGUCUGUCAGCGAAUAUGGAAGGAGUGAAUCUGAAGGGUGCUAAUCUCGAAGGCAGCAACAUGGCGGCCGUAAAUCUUCGAGUAGCCACAUUAAAAAACGCUAAUCUUAGGAAUUGCGACUUGAGAUCCGCUGUUUUGGCUGGCGCCGAUUUAGAGAGCUGUGACUUAUCUGGCUCCGAUCUACAAGACGCGAAUUUACGCGGCGCGAAUCUGAAGGAUGCCGCUUUCGAAUUGAUGCUAACGCCACUGCAUAUGUCUCAAACAAUACGAUAACAAUGAAUGUCGUGCUGCAUACACCGUUGCAGCUUAAGUCUUAUAAUGUUUGAGGCAAUUUUCAGGAAUGCAAAAUGCAGCUAGUACUGUAACACAGUGUACUUUUCCAUGUGUCAUGGACAUCAUAAGAAAUAAUUGUUUCCUGUUAGUUAUUAAGGUGAUUAUCACAACGCGAAAAGGCUUAUUUAUGAUAAUGUUUUAUUAUUAUCUUGCUCAUAGGAUUCAUGAAUCGCGGUGAUAUGUAAAACGUGAUAAUGCUUUCAACACUUAACCCGACAUUAUUUCUUAGUUUAAUUGGUAAAACUGCAUAAAAAGUAACACCUUACCGAUUUUUUUCUUUUUGAAAUAUGUUAUAGAGAAUGAAAUUCUGAGUAACUUUUUUGUAUACAACUAUAUAGGGGUCGCAUAUAGUUUCGGAGAUAUUAGAUUUUAAAGUUUAAACAUUAAAAAAUAAGGUAAAUAUAGCAAACAGUAUACGUAUAUGCGCGGGGGAAUCUUUACAUUUGUAUAUAUUUGUCAAUGGAAAACAAUAUAAGAAUACAAACGUAGGUACUGUUUGAGAUCUUUCAAUUUACAAUAUAUGUAAAAAAUAUCGCUAGCAGUACCUGGAUUUAUAUUCUUAUAUUAUUUUCCAUUGACAAAUUAUAUAUAAAAAUAUAAAGAUUAGGGGUUACGUAUAUAUGUGUAUAGUUUGCCAUAUUUCAAUAGAUUGAUUAGGUUAAGGUUACUUUUUUGGAGAGGAGGGCGGAGGCCCUCUCCCGUGCAUAAACAUGUACUUUAUUCAAUACAUGUAUGUAUACUUAUAUAAAAAUGGAGUAAAGUCUAUUUAUAACAUGUACACUUUCAAAACUUUAAAGUCAAAUAUCUCUGAAACUAUAUGCGACCGUCAUAUAAGGUAAAUGUCCUAGUGAUUGAACGUGUACCGAUAAUUGAAUUACUAAUAAUAUAUUUGUGUUUGUUAGGAUGCUUAUCAAUAAAUGAAACAAAAUCACAAAGUAACUAAAUAUUUCUCUUCAUUUAUUAUAUUGUUUUGUAUAUUGAAAAGCAUUUCAACAAAGAAAAAUACAAAACCAAUAUGUCAAUCAUUGGGACAUGUAUGUUCGACCACUGGGACGUUUAUCUUAGUUGUAUAGGAAAAAGUUACUCAGAAUUUCUUUCUCUAUAACAUAUUUCAAAAAGAAAAAAAUUGAUGAGAUGUUACCUUUUAUGCAGUUUUACCGUUUAAUAUUCACAAAUAUAUCAGAAAGUAUUUAUGAUAUGUUGAAUUAUAUCUUUUUUUUCUUUGUUACUUUGAAGUUUCGUAGAUUGUUCCCAUGUAACUAUUUUAUUACUUAAUUAUGUAAGCCUUAUCUCUUAACCCUUUAUAGGGCAUUGGUACAUAAGUCGUACCAACAGCACAUAGAAUUGGCCGAGAGAAUUGGGAGUGGUUCUAAACGCUUUCCCUGAAUGGUCACUGGUACAAUAGUUAUAUCGAUUGAUAUUUCUUAAAAAAAUUUUUUUUAAUCUCAAAAAUGAUAUUAAAUUAUCUCUAAGGACUAUUUUAAUGAAGUUCAAAAGAAAAAAUUCAUUUGUCAUAUCCAAAGAGUCUUGCCCUAUAAAGGGUUAAAACAACCAGGAGUAUUAAAUUAAAAGCAUUUAAUUUUUAUACGAAGUUGAAAGAAAUAUUUGAGAUUCAUACAGUAAUUAAAAAGUUACUUGGUAAGAAACAAAAAUAAAUGUUGAAAUGUUUUUAACAUUAGCAUUUAAUCAUCCGAUUAAAGUUCCUUUCUAGACAUUUUUUUUUUAAUCACGCGGUUUGUGCGAUACAUUAUAUUUUUUGACGUUCUGCAUAUAAAUCAUGCAAAUGCAAAAUUAUUUAGAAGUAAUUUUAUUAUUAUUUCCAAUAUAUAACAUCAAAAUAUUACGUAAAUAUUAUUUUCCGCUUUAUGCAUUAUUUAAAAAAAAAAAAACGAAAAGAAAUUAACAU